CUUCAUAAUCACUGUAAGCACUUCAACACAAACCCUCUGAUCACAAACAGAAGCUUCCAAAUACAAUGAUGACAAAAAUGUAUUUUUUUCUCCUCAUCUGCCAUGCUGCUUCCUCUGCGAAGCACUCCUUGGUGUAUCGCACUAUAUCAUAUACUGGAGUCUCAAACUUCCCAGAGUUUCAAGCUGUGAAACUGGUCAGUAAUGUGAAAGUGGCAUACUGUGACAACAACAUAAUGACAACAGUAAUCACAGAGGACUGGAUGAAAAAAUAUAUGGAAGAUCAUCCAGACAUCUUACAGCUUCACAAUAAAAGGUGUAUUUUCAGUUACAUGACUUUUGGAAGAAUCAUUGAUGAUGUGAUUCAUUCCUUAAACCUAACUGAAGAUGCACACGUUUUUCAGUCCUUAAUUUCCUGUGAAUGGGAGACACAGAUCAGAGAAAUGAACUGCUUUGGACAGUUGGGGUUUGAUGGAAAAGACUUUUUGACUUAUGACCUGAAUACUAAAAAACUGUGUGUUUCGGUGCCACGGUUCCACAAACAUAAGAUUCCAGAUUAUGACCAAAAAGACUACAGCUUUACAGUGGAUAAUCUUGUCCCUUAUCUCCUGAAAGAGUAUGUGGAAUAUGCAAACAGUUCUUUACCCAAAACAGAGUUUCUCUCAGUGUCUCUCCUCCAGACGUCUCCAUCCUCUCCAGUCACCUGCCAUGCUACAGGUUUCUACCCUCACAGAGCCGUGAUGUUCUGGAGGAAAGAUGGAGAGGAGGUUCAUGAAGGUGUGGAACAUGGUGAGAUCCUCCCCAACAACGAUGGAACCUUCCAGAUGAGUGUUGACCUGAAUGUUUCAUCCAUCACACCAGAGGACUGGGGGAGGUUCGACUGUGUGUUUCAACUCGCUGAUGAGAAAAACGACAUUGUCACCAGACUGGACACUGCAGUGAUCAGGACCAAUGGGAUCAGAUAUGAUAGAGGCUCCAGGGUUGUUGUUGGACUGCUGCUCCUCAUCUUCUGCAUCGUUGGGCUCGUCAUCUGGAGAAGAAAGAACACUAUGACACAACAAUGGGUUCAGGGACUUGUCACUCGUAAGUAUUAUACAACUUCCUUAAGAUGCAAAUGUAAUGUAUAACACAGAUGGACAACACUGUACUUCACUUUUUAACCAUUUGUCUUAAUAGGAUAACAACAAAAACAGGAAAAGGAAUAAACAGACAGAGCUGUUUGUGGCCUCUGGUACGAAUGAAAUUCAACCAACAUGAUCUCGAACAGACUCAUCAGUACAUAAGGAUAAUGUACAUUUGGUUUGUGACCACCAUAGAUGGCACAUGAGUAUGUGGAGCAGGUCCAGGAUCAGCUCUCAUAAGCACUUUUAAGUGGGUUACAGUCUAUAUUUCCUUAAUGUGGCAAUAUUGGGGUUGACAUGUCACAUUUGGGGCAUUUAGGAGAAGGUAACACAGAUGAGGUGAGGGGAUAUUGGUACUAAGAGUCGACAACCAGGGAGUAACAGGGGUAUAGAUGGAAUGCAGAAUUCAUUUUCUAAAGGGGCUGAGGGGUUGUUACAACAUUCAACAUUGGUCUUGUAUGUAUGUGAGAAAAAGCCUUGACAUAUUGUUAAUAUUUCAGAAUUGAUUGUGUUUUGUAGAGUAUUGGUGAUGGUGUCUGUGCAAUACAGAUAAAUUGAUGUAACAAAACUCUCCAGAAGGUUCACAAUCUUUAAUGUCUGCUUGAUCUCGAAGUUUAUUAUAAUUAAUCUCUGUGAUCAUUUCAUACCUGAUCAA